AUGUUGUACGCGGUGGCGGCGCCCCUGAUCACUAUCUUCGCUUUGAAAUAUAAUGAUGAAGAUACCGUAUUCGUCUUACUGUAUCUACUGUUUUUUGCUCCGGCGACUCUCGAAUUUUUGACAAUUUGGAGAUUUGGAGUGCGGCUGAGGGAUAGGAGUGGACAUGAGGAUGAAAAUGGACCGCCUGAAUCGUCUUGUAUCCCUUCUCAACCGGAAAACACCCAACAAUUCGAGAUUACGGUACCCAGAGGACCUAGAAGAGCCCUUCUGGAGGUGGUGGUGGUCAAUGAGAUUCUGAAUUCAGAUGACGUCAAUCCAGACGCCACCGGUCUGGAAUGCAAUGUAUGCAUGUUGGAGUAUAGUGAUACAGUAAUCCCGAGGAUAUUGAUCGGUUGCGGACAUACAGUAUGCCAGACGUGUAUUCAGAAGAUGCUGGAAGACCUGAAAACUAGUGAUGGUCGACCAAGCAAUCUUCCAAAGAACUAUGCGGUUUUGGAGAUGAUACAAAAAAGGAAUAUGUGA